AUAGAGUUGGAAAGAUGGUUGAACAAAAUCAUAAUUAUCUGAAACAAUUGGGUAUUAAUAUGAAUAACUUAGAAAAAGAAAUGGAUUCAGCUAUUGCUAAAGAAUCUAGAUAUUGGCUUGAAAAUGAUGCAAAAAUUAGAGCUGUUCAACAAGGAGUUCCAACAUAUGAUGAUUUUAGAGAGCUUGUCGCUGGAUGCCACUUGAAGCCUUUGGAUCGAUUAGAACUAACCAAUACUGUUGGUCAAAAGUCCAGCUGGAACUAUUCAGCAAUAUUACCAAGUAAUAAUAGCUUGUUUAUGGAACCUGGAAUGAAUUCAGCUAUCGCUACAAAGUCCAUUACCACUCCACAGGAAUUCAUUGUACAGUGGCGUCAUAUCAAAUCAUCUUCCACGUCAGACAGCAUUAAUACAAAUGGUGCUUUAUUGGAGUUAUUGUUCAAUCAAGAUAAUGAACUAUUGGAAAAUCUUUUUAACACUGGACUGGGUGUGUCGUUUUUACCUGAAAUACUUUCAGUAUUAAAUCAUUCUGUUGAUAACACGGACACUAUAUUGUCAUCAUCUGAUUGUAAUAUCAGCAUCGUAAUAUCCAAGGUUUCUAUGAUUCUUGCAAGUUUUCAACGGUCUAAACAAUUUUCUUUAGCAGUCGAUUGUUUGCUAGAUAGUGAAAAAGAAACUGCACAUCACUUAGUUGAAAAAAUCAAAGACAUUGCAAACAAAUAUGAACUUUUUGAAGAUGAUGGUGAGACUUUGAAGAAAAUUGCAGACACUUUUAAGCGGUGAAAUAGAUGACUCUAGGUCCUGUGUUUGAAGAAAUCUGAAAGCUUCAUUAAAUAUUUUGUUUUAGGUUUAUUGUGAUCGUAACUUGCAUUCUGUUUAUUCGGCACCUGUAUCUUAUUGUUUGUCUUUGUAUUCUUUUCAAACAUCACUUCCAAAAUGUUCCUGACUUAGACAGAAUCUCUACAUGCGUUCAAAUUCAUGAGUAAAAAUACAAUCUUCCUCUAUGAAAAUAAAUUUCAGUCAUUCUUCAUCUCAAUAAUUCGAUCAAAAUUAAUUUCGGUCCAUGAGACCGCACUUGUUUAUAAAUUUAUAAACAUUUUUCCCCAUGAAGUAAAGUUCUUAGUGUAAAGCAUAUUCCCUUCAGUAGUAUGCUGAAAAAUGUUCUUCAUCACCUAACAUUAAUUAUGUUUGACACCCCAAACAGUUCUGAUGUAGAACAAAAAUAACGAUAAGAUCCUGA